UGUUUGCAUUCCAGAUCUAAUUUUUUUUUAUUGAAUUACAAACAUGUUUAUUUGUAGUGCUUGUAUUGACAAAACCAUAUUCUUAGUUAAAUCAGAGGUAGAUUACGAACUGGAACAAUCAACAUUUGACUGGUACGACUGAUAUACACGUUAAAGUGUUUCGUUAUAAUUUCGUUAAUAUUGAUAAGAGACAAUAAUAACAAUACCACGCAUGUUCUCAGCAGGCUAUAUUUGUUUUCAAUGAAGAAACCAUUAAUGCAUUUCUGCAGCAAAUUUCUCAUGACUUUUCAACUGGUAUGUUGUUUGGUCAUCGUGUGCUUAAUUCUGCAUGCAGGUAGUUAUGACAGGACGUAUUUUGGAGUUGCUCCCACGACGAUGUGUCUAUUACUGAUCUCUGCCUCUCAUCUAUUUUUAAAUUCAAUCAUUCUUCCUGUAGCUUACAAAUCGGAAAGAAUAUAUGAAACUCCACUGAUAUGUUUUCAAUCAGUGAUAUUUUUUAUUCUGCUGAACAUCAUUGGAGUUUUAGCUAUAGUGAAAAACAGAAAUUUUGAAUCAUUAGAGGAAAAAGAAAUUGGAAUCGCUGGAGCUUUGGCAAUAUUAACAGCAUUUGCAUCUACAAUGAAGUGUUGUACAUCUUACGAAGUUUGUAAAAAUAUGAGAUCUCUUUAAAAGAACUAGAUUAAAUUGGGAAAAACAAU